CAGCGCUCAUGGAGGAACUUGGCAUCAGUGACGUAGAUGACAUCAGUGAGAUUUCUGAAGGGGUGGAGCAGCCACCGCCUUUGCCUGCGUCACCUCCACCAAAAACUGCGACAUCCAACCCCAACCUUGCUGGUAAUGACUGGGACUCAUCUGUCUUGUCUGACAUCACCACUCCAAGGCCUGGCAUCUUAAAAAACUGGAAUAAUGUAAGUUGUCAUCAGUUUGGUCCAAUUAAGUUCAAAUCAGUUAGGUGCAAUGUAAGUUCUCAUUAUUUGUAACAACAAACUAUUUUAUUGUUACUAAAUGUUCACUCAAUUUUUGUGGGUGUAACUAACUAAAGUGAAAUAUAAUUAUUAUUAUAAUUAUUUUUGUUAUCAAAUCUCAGGAUAAGAUCUUUUUUUUUUUAAAUUUGAAUUUUUAUCAAAUGUUUUUAUCUUUCAGACUGGUUUAGGAGACUCUGGCGAGGUGGGUAAGACGGCAGCCACAGUUCUGUUACAAGCACCUGAUGUAAGUAGACCAAACAAUCAUAUAUUUUGAUGUAUGGAUAAAACACACAUUUUGUUAAACUAAUGUUAUAGGUGUUGAAUCUAUGGAUGUUAUCAUGUCCAUUAAAUACAUGCCCAUCCCGGUGCAGGUAGACUCAGGGGAUGACAACAGUGAUUGGGACACCACAGAGACAACACAGAAUGCUGUGCCCCAGAUCAAACCCAGUCUGCAGUCUCCUAGAGGGAAAGAUAGUGUAAGUGAAGCUUGUUGGGUCGUGAGUUCAAGUCUUAGGUGUCUCUUCUCAAACUAAAGAUAUUACAGGCUAGAAACAACUGUCAUUUAACCUGGCAAAAAUAAGUGGAAAGUGGCCCUAACAGAAAUGUUUUUUUUUAAUAAAAUUUUUUAUGUUUAUUCUUAAAUGAAGAUUUUUAAAAUAUUUCUGUAUAAAGAUAAUGCAAUUUAUAGGCCAAUCAAUAUAAAGAUAAAUUCAUAUCUAUAGAAACUUACUGGUCCAUCUAAAGAAAAAUUCAAGAUGUAAGGACUUACUGGUCCAUCUUAAGAAAAAUUCAAGAUGUAAGGACUUACUGGUCCAUCUAAAGAAAAAUUCAAGAUGUAAGGACUUACUGGUCCAUCUUAAGAAAAAUUCAAGAUGUAAGGACUUACUGGUCCAUCUUAAGAAAAAUUCAAGAUGUAAGGACUUACUGGUCCAUCUAAAGAAAAAUUCAAGAUGUAAGGACUUACUGGUCCAUCUUAAGAAAAAUUCAAGAUGUAAGGACUUACUGGUCCAUCUUAAGAAAAAUUCAAGAUGUAAGGACUUACUGGUCCAUCUUAAGAAAAAUUCAAGAUGUAAGGACUUACUGGUCCAUCUUAAGAAAAAUUCAAGAUGUAAGGACUUACUGGUCCAUCUUAAGAAAAAUUCAAGAUGUAAGGACUUACUGGUCCAUCUUAAGAAAAAUUCAAGAUGUAAGGACUUACUGGUCCAUCUUAAGAAAAAUUCAAGAUGUAAGGACUUACUGGUCCAUCUUAAGAAAAAUUCAAGAUGUAAGGACUUACUGGUCCAUCUUAAGAAAAAUUCAAGAUGUAAGGACUUACUGGUCCAUCUUAAGAAAAAUUCAAGAUGUAAGGACUUANCCCCCCCCCCCACACCACCUUACAACCAAUGGGUAAAAGUAAGUUAACUGUGACUUGAAAAAAGUUAAAGGUGAAAACUUUUACAGAAAGUCUUUGAGCAGAACCCAAGAAGCACUCUGAAUUUCAGUAUCUUUGCAGCUAUGAAUGCCGUUCUAUUGUCAGUGAGCAUUUGAAACUACCAUUUCUCUAAAUUAUUUUUUUCAUGACUGAUGAAUAGAGGCAUUCAACAGAUUACAAAUUGUUCUUACCCAACUUUCUUGCUUUUUAUUGUUGUUGUGACUUGAUAAAGGACUAGCGACCGGCUAACAAUAAAUUCAUAUUUUUUAGUAAUUUUAAACAAUUUAUAACACACCUUUGUUAUACGGCACUCAGUUACUCUACUCAGUUGUUAUACGGCACUCAGUAACUCUAAUAAAAAAUUUUUUUUAAUCUUUCUACUCUAUCUAGGUGUCAGAAUGGGACAGUGAGCUAGAGGACAUGGUAGAUCCGGCCAACUCAUCCAACUUUGUCCCACCAUCCUCCAGUUUCACCCAAAAGGUGAUGUUAGCUGAGGGCAUCAUUUACAUCAUAAUUUUAUGAGUAGUUCCAGUUUUACUUUAGUUAUUUUUCAUUUUCUCCGAAGAAGCUGACAUAUAUUUGAUAAAUUAUUGUGUAGUCAUGUGAUAGUCAUGUGAUAGAAACAUACAUUUAUUAUAUCAUUUAAUGAAUUUUGUUAAUUCACAGACAACUGCAGUCAAUGUUAAGGAUGGGGAAUGGGACAUGAUUGAUGGACAUAAUCCUAAGCCAAAUGGCCAUCUUUAUUUAUAUGAGGUAGAUUAUCUUGUUAAUCAAAAUAAAUCUAUUUAGGUCAUUGCAUGCUGAUGGAUGAUAAUUGGAACCAACUGUAAGGUUGAUCAAAUGACAGUGUUACAGCAUGGUCAAUUAUUCACUUCAUUAUUAUAGUUUGAUUUAGUACAUUUAUUAUUUAUUGAAUGUCCUUUGCGUACGAAGGUGAUCAAGGAAUAUUCAGCUCGAGUGGUAGCCUUGACUUGAGCGGUAGCCUUGACUUGAGUGAUAGCCUUGACUUGAGCCAUAGUUUGUUUAAAAUGAAAGAGAGCUUCUCAAUCCAUCAGCCUUACUCUUUUGUCCUUGCCUAUUUGGUUCAAUGACAAGACUUAGUCAAGACGACCGGAAAUAGACCAGGAUGCAGUAGAUGACCAGCAGUGUUUUUUUGUGUGUUUCUCUAUGUUCUUUAUGCAUUCCUUGUGUCCAGAGUUGUCUGAAUUUUCAUUGUGUCUGUGUCAUACAGCCUGCGGGACUCAAUCUCCGGGUUUGAUUUCAGUGUCUGCCUUCUCUUAGGUGAGUUGCCAUCCAAGGUUAACGAGUCACAUCCACCCGUGGUGCUGGUGUCGUUUUUGCUUGUCUAGGCUUUGCUGGGGAUUUUCUUAGUAAAUUGAUACAAGAUUGAAUCAUAAAUCUUUUCACCAUAGAAGCAAUAUUUUGAAUAAUGAAUUUUUUGCCUUUUUAAAUUUAUUUUUUUAAGGCUGGAGCCAUAUAUUUUUGCAUUUUAUAAACUUCUUUAUACCGUUAACAAAUCUAGUUCUGUUGUCAGUGAUUAAACAUUAUCAUAAAGCAGUGUGUGUUGUGAUUUGCGACAAUUAGGUUACAUGAACGGGUGUAAACUCUUUUCAAGUCAUGGACGGGCGCGUGAAUUAAUUUUGGGUGAUAAAAGGGGACACAAGGAUUUUGAGCAUCAGAGCGAACGAGGGAUCUAGAGUGGGUGAUUACUUGAAUGUGAGAGGUCAUGUUGGAUUUUCUCAAAUGGAUUUACUGAAUAGAUAUCUGAUAAAUUAUUGAAAGUGUGUGUAUAUCUAUUUUCUGCAUCGCAAUUAUAAUUGUUAUAACAUUAUCCUGAUGUCAAGGAAUCAUGUGAAUUAUUUAGCGUAAAUAAUAAAGUACUAUUUAGUGUACAUUGGACAUUGUUACUUCUUAUCAGAGAGAGAGAGAGAGAGUCAUUGUGAAGUUGGAUAUAAUAGACCAGGCGAUCAACAUUUACAACGUAAUAAUUACACAAACAGACAAUUUAUACCUGUUAGGAAUUAUCAUUUUUGGUCUUUGGUACUUUUUUCAUUUCUUAGAAGUUUUUCAGCUAUGAUAGUUGUAGAAAAUACUUUGUGUGGCAUCCUUCAAGUUUCUUUUGAAAAUAAAACAAGAUAAUGAACUGUUCAAAAAGAAAUACAAUUAUGGCAGUCAAUAUUAUCAUAAAGUUAAUUAAAACUAUCUUUGACUUCCAGGACCAGGAAGACAAUCCUACACAGGUAGCUGUGCAGCCGGAUGCAGAAUUUGAUAUUGAACCGACACAUCCUGCAUUGACCAGGGAAGUUGUGGUGGACAGAGGUCAAAGAGGAGAGGAUUCGAACAGUGAUUGGGACUCUGAGGUCAGUUCUGUGUCACAUUAAACCUUGUCCAGAUCUCUUAAGUCAAAAUACAUUGCACUGAAUAUUUCUUGCACGAUGUAUGAUGUGGCCAAAGGUUCUAUUAGCCUGCUGAGGUGCGGUGAGGCAAUGAAUAUUACCCUUGUGCAGUUUUAUGAACACCUUUUUUAUUCCGAGUGUGGUGAUCUGACUUAUGAUAUCUUAGUGAGGAGUGUCUCUCGUAAGAGAUCUCCUCUUGGCACUCUGUUUAGGGAUUAGUUAUUUAAGCCAAAUUACCACACCGGCAUAACAACCUAUCUAUAUACAUACAGUAUAGACUGAAUCGAAGUCUUUCUUAAAUGAGAAAAUAACUAUAAGUAUUUAUUGAAUAAUAAUAUAUUCUUCCGUAAUACACUAGGUAAUUAAUAUAUAUACAUAUAAAAAUUGAAAAGAGUCAAAAUAGUAAUGAUGUCUUUUUCUUGGUCACUCAAAUUGAUUCCUCAAUAACUGGUUAGAAAUAGAUUUAGCAGCACAGUUUUCUUCUAUCAUAUUAAAUUAAUCAGGCUUUGUUUUAUCAAAUAAUAGGCAAGAAUUUAAGGACAUUUUGAUUUUGUUUUGUUUUGUAAGUUAUUAUUUUAAUGACAACAGGCUCUUUUUAUCAAUACAAGGCAAGAAUUUAAGUGAACUUUUGAUAUUUUUGCUAUGCAUCAAUCAAUAUAAGAAAGGAUAGUUUCUAAUGAUUUUUCAAAUGACAUGUAACAGUUGUUUGUCUUAUGGCCAAGAGUGCUACUUUUUUAAAGAAAUGUACAUUCCGCCCUUGCAGGCAGAUGAACAGUCUAUGGAAAAUGAACCACCUGCUUACAUCAUUGGCGAAAGCUCCCUCCCGCAAAACCUGUCAUCGCCUGUCCAUAAACAAGCCAAGGGUCAGUCAGACCAGCAACAAACAUCUAAUUCAGAAGAUGAGUCCGAGUCCAUGAGCUCCUGGGAGGUGGAGAGGAAGAAGGUGAGUGAACGCAGUGGACUUCCGUUUUAUUCAAUAUGGUGAAAAUGUAUUUGCACAAUGUUAUCGGAGGUAAUUUCCAUUAUAUAUGAUCAAUAAUAUAAUUCUAUCUAAUAUUUUGACCAUUUAUAAUACAACAAAAAUAAAAAAAUCCUCCCACCUGAAAUCUGUCUGUUAACAAGCUGCUCUGGUUCAGAUUUUAAUUCAACUUUUCUGCAAAAGAAACAUGAUUCUGUUUUCAUAAAGUUUGUGAGGUUGUAUACUUCCUUCUUGCAAGACAAUUUAUUUGUACCUUCUGUGUAAAUUUUGUGUCAUUUCUGUUGUAUGUUGAAUUAUUAGAUGAAAAUAGUUUUGAAUUGUUGUUGAUGUAUUGAUGAAUUUUUGUUUAAAAAAAUUUCCCCAGCAAAAACAUGUCAGUCUUAACUCCCCUGCACGACAAAGAGAAAUGGAGGAGGAGGCAAGAAGUCGUGAACAAGAAGAGUUGGAGAGGCUCUACCGAGAGCAGCAAGAAGAGAUGGUGAGGAAGGAGAAGGAGGAUGAGAGGAUUAGACUGGAGGAGCAGAUGCGGAUACAGAGAGAGGAGGAAGUCAGACUUCAAAAACAGAAGGAGGAAGAGGAGAUUAAAAGAAUAAAGAAAGAGGAGGAAGAUUUAAGGAAGAGACAAAGAGAGGAAGAGGAAAGAAUUAAAAAGCUGAGGGAGGAAGAAAAUAUGCUCAAAAGAAGAAAGGAAGAGGAGGAAAAGAUACAAAAACAAAGAGAGGCAGAAGAUAAGUUAAUACAACAGAGGGAGGAGGAGGAAAAAAGGAGAAAACCGAAUGAAGAAGAACAGAGGAUGAGAAAACAGAAGGAGGAAGAAGAAAAGAUAAGAAAGCAAAAAGAGUUAAUACAGUUACAGGAAGAGCUAGACGAGAAUGAAACCCAGGAGUGGGAGGUGGAGGAGAGGCAAGAGAUACUAGACAGGCAAUGGGAGAUUGAAGAAAGCAAGAAAGAGGAACAGCUGAAGAGAAAUGUUGAGGAAGUGAUGGAGGUAUGUUGCAUAUUUUUUUUAUAAACACCUCUGUCCUACUUUCAGCACUUUUUAAGUUGGCCGCCAUUUAUUUUUGGUACAGGAUCCUUAUCUCAAUUACUACUCUGUAGUGUAUAUGAUAUCUGGAUUAUUUGAUGAUCUUUUCAAUUUCUAGUUACACAUCAAUGUAAAGUGACAAUUAAACUGUUAUUUUGCAACUCAACAGAGGCAGUCACUGGGAAAGGCAGAAGCCCAAGAGAUGGUAGGUUGAAGCUUUCGUCUGCUCUAAUCCCUUUGAUUCAAGCCAAUCUUCUGGUUGCAUGGCAUUUUGUUGAGUUACUUUUGUAAAACUAGGAAAUGUCAACAUAUUUUUGGGAAAAUUUUAUAAAAACUUUUUAUUGUAAACAAGAAAUUAUCAUUUUAAGUUUCAAAGAGCAUUGCUUAUCACUAAAGAACAAUCCCCCCCCCCCUUUUUUUUUUCCUCCUCUCCCUUCUCCCCAUGCUAAUCCUACCAUUUAAUUUUAGAUGUCAGGGUUAAUUAUGAUUUAUGGACUGAUUUGAAAUGGUAAACAAAAUUGUACUUAUACAUGUAGUUGUUCACAUGAUGAACGUAAUAUGUACAUAUAAAUGUAGUUGUUCACAUGAUGAAUGAAAUACAUAAAUAUUCAUGUAGUUGUUCACAUUAUGAAUGUAAUAAUUUGUUCUUCAAUUAAAUUUUUUUUACAGAUAUUUUUUCAGAGUGUGAAAGAUCUUGAUCAGACUGAGCAACGGUCAGUAAAGCGUUAACUUUUUGUGUUAACCUUACCUUAACAAAUGGAAUAUUAUCACCAGGCUUCUAGCUAAUAUAAUUAUAUGCAGCUACUGACUAAACAAUGGGAACAGUUGUAUUAAACUACACCAGCCACCCUGAGUCUUGUGACAUUUGUGACAAUAUCUAUUCCAUUGCUUGCAGGCGAGGGCUCGUGGAAAAGCUCAAUGAGAAAUCAUUCCCUAGAGGGGACAGAGUUGAAGAGGAGGGAAAACAUAUUCUCACCUCACCCCCUUUCAAGCCUCCCCCUCCUCCAAAGCCAAGUGUGGGGGUCAAAUCCCCAGGGGUGAGUCUCCAGUUAAUGUAACAGCAGUCACCCGGCCGCAUCUAGAGUCUGACCAAAAAAAAAAGAUACUCCUUGCAAUUUUUCAUUGCUAAUAAUAUUCACUACUCUAUAAUAUUGUUGUUUUAUUUGCUAAUAAUAUUCAACUACUCUAUAAUAUUGUUGUUUUAUUUUCAGACAUUUCCUUAUGCUGGUGGCGGACCGACCAGUAAUGUUGUUGGUGGUUCCACUGUUGAGCAGAUCAAGCAGAGGCUUCAAGUUCCACAGAUGACCAGUACUGGUUCCUCUUACACCAGCCCAAAUAUGUUUUCUGUGGAUCCCUACGAUGAUAAUGAAUCGCAGCUAUCAGAUAAUCCUGGAGAUGAAAGGUUCGUCCUACGUAUCGGAGCUCCGAGCCAUUUUGUAUUCCAAAUUAUUAGCCUUCAUGGCUCUCCACAAUUUUAUUUAAAUCCCUAUUAUGAAAUUUUUUGGGGGAAAAAGCGGAUUUUUUUUUUCCCCCCAACAGUACAGUCUGGUGUUUGUGCCUAAUUCCUUGUAGAUCUAUGUAUCAGUUUUGAUUGUUUCAAUGACACAGGCCCAGUCUCCCCACCUCCUACUACCAAGGCAUGUACAGACAUAAUGACGCUCUUGAUGAUGAUGCCUUGAGCUACACAUCUACAGAGUUUGAGGACCAGGUUCACAGUACACCUUCAUAUGGGAAAGAUAGAGAGGUUCUCACAAAUAUAAACCUUUCAGGUAAUAACUAUUCUUUUCAAUGAAAACCCAUUAGUAUUGUUUUUUUAUUCCCAUGGCAAAUGGAGAUGUGCUAUGGAAACCACUUCUAAAUUCAGAAUUACUUUCCCUGGUGCAUACAGACUGGCUGAACCAACCGAUCACUUGGUUACUAUAAGGUCACAAGGUUGUUAUAAAAUAGAUUUUUGUGUGCAAAGGGUUGCAUUUAAAAAUAUUUUUUUUAAACCAAUAACAUAAAAAAAAAAAAAUUUUUGCCUUCAUUUUUGGUCAGAUCCCAGCUCACUCAUCAAAGUACAAGAGUAUGUCAGAGAAACAAGACGGCAGCUGGAGCAAGAAAAAAACCAGAGAGUUGUGCUGGAAAAUAAGCUUAAAGUGGCUACCAAAGAGAAAACUGAGAUUCACAAGUAAGUAGGAAACAGUCUCAAGGGCAUUCUGUGGAGCAGGCCAAGCUUAUUUCAGGUGCUGGUCAGUUGACCAAGGAGAAGGCAGGUUUACAAGGCAAAAAAUGGGAUAAUUUUAAUUGAGGGUGCCAUGCUUUAGGACAGAUUUAAAAUAAAUAAAAUUCUUAUUAUGUUUUGCAAUCAGUAGAAAGUGAAUUUUGUGAGGGGGGUGGCAGAGUCAUUAAAAGACAGAACCAGUGUUGUCAUGGUCUGUAUGGAUUUAAAGCAAAACAUUUUUUUACAAACAAUGCUAAAGUUUUAUGCACCUGGGCAUCUUUGUGAAAACAAAUUACAACUACAAACUGACUACAACUACAAAACGACUACAUUUUAUAACUUUAAAAAAAAAUGGUUGUGAUUGGAUAUUAUGUUUUAAAUAUUGUUUGACUAUAUCACUAAACCAGGGGUCACCAAACUUUUUUUCAUGGCGGGCCGGAUUACGGAAAAAAUGACGAGCACGGCUUGAUAAUCAUGCUGUACAAUGCUUAUAAACCAGAAUGAAAUUCCUGGAAAAAGAUGAAAAACUAAGUUUAGUAUUGCACAGACCUGUUUACCCUCAAACUCUUAAAAUCGUACAAUAUCAUCACAAAAUCGUUCAAUACCUUAUAUUUAGAGUAAAAAAUAAGCAUACAGUAUAUAUUUUUACACCUCAAAAUCGAACAUUUUUCGCCAAAAUCGUAAGAGUAAACAGGUCUGGUAUUGCAUGAUAAUGCAAUGCAAAAAAAACAAAGAAAACCAACGUUUUUACUUACUAAAAAAAAAAGUUAUCAAAGAAGGUGAUGUUAGCAAAAAGAUAGUUACAUCAGACCUAGUGCGCACAAAUUGAAAUCUCACAAACUAAGCAGCAAAAAGGGUUAGUGAGAUUUGUGAAACUGACAUUUGGCUUUCAAGAUAUCAUCAUUGUUUUGUUUGGAAUUGCUGCAUCCAAUGAAAAGAAUUAUUUUCAAAUGUUCAUCAAUCCCUCUCAUUCGUUGUAUUGACUUCACAUACUUUAUUUUUUAAAAUUUUUGCUCACAGACAUAAGUUGUUCCAUGCAUGCUGCAAACGGAUGCGAACUCCGUUUUUACAGUUUUUGGUGGUUAUCAGACUAUAAUAUAUAAGCGGGAAUGGGCUUACUGGAAGUUGAUUCUCAUUUUAUUUAUUUUUAAAACCAGCUUUUCCUUAAAACAGCAACCUCAAGUUACUUGGUAGUUGUUUGAAUAGUAAUAAUAAUAAUAAGAGGUCUUAUAUAGCGCAGUACCCCAGCCUAGGGUUGGGCUCACCGCGCUGUACAUAAAAAUUUUAUCAAAAGAGACAUAAUCAUGACAUUAAAAUAAAAUACAUUUAUGAAAUAAAGAACAGCAAUGUAUAUUCACCCACCCCACCCCAUAACUUUUACAAGGCAAACCAUGGACGGCAGCCAGCAAGAUCGUUUAUCGGUCAGAGGAGGGGAAUCAGUCAGGGUAGUAUAAUUUAAAAAGAUAUGUUUUGAGUGCAGUUUUGAAGGCCUGGGUGGUUGGUAUAUUGUGUAUGUGUAGUGGCAAAGAAUUCCAUUGUUUGGGGGCGCAGAAAGAGAAAGAUCGUUCACCAUAAAUUUUAGUGUGUGUCUUGGGAACGGACAGAAUAUGUGUGUCUGCAGGGGAGCGAAGCUGUCGAAGGGUUGAAUAGACAGAAAGAAGUUCAGUUAGACAGGAAGGGCAGGAAUCCAAGAAAAAGUUGUGACAGAGAACAGACAACUUGUAGUCAAUGCGUGCCUGUAUAGGUAGCCAAUGAAGGGAAGGGAGUAGUGGAGUGACGUGAUCACGUUUUUUUGCCUUUAAAACUAGCCUAGCAGCUGAGUUUUGAACUUUCUGCAGUUUUUCUAUGCUGUGUUUUGGUGAACCUAACAGAAGAGAGUUGCAAUAGUCAAGACGAGAGAGAACAAGAGCACAGACUAGAGUUUUUGUAGCGCUAACUGUGAGGACGGGGCGUAUGGAGCUGAUCUGACGGAUAGUGGUGUAUGCUGAACGACAAAUGUGAGAUAUGUGUUUAUCGAGAGACAUGUUGUUAGAAAGAAUAAAACCAAGAUUCCUAGCAGAGGGUGUAAACAAUACGUCAGAGUUAUCUACUUGAAAUGAGGUAGGAAGAGUUGAGGUAGAGGAUGAUUUGUGAUUGUGGAUGAGGAGUGCUUCCGUUUUGUCAUCAUUAAGCUUCAACUUGCUGAGUGUCAUCCAUGACUUGACAUCAUCAAUGCACCCCCGCAAAGUCUGGACAGCGGAUUCAACAAGAGAAGGAUGGGUAUGCUUGUAUAGCUGCGUGUCAUCUGCAAAUGACUGGCUCUCAACAGCAUGCCUCCCAAGCAAGAGGAGCAGUGGUCUGGUAUACAAUGUGAAUAGAAUCUGGCCUAAAACAGACCCUUGUGGUACUCCGUACACCAAAUCAGCACUGCCUGAGAGACAGCCAUCGACAGAGACCACCUGCGUUCUAUCAGAGAGGUAGGACCUAAACCAAGCCAAAACUGAACCAGAAAUUCCAAAGUAAUUUUCAAGGGUUUUGAAAAGGAUUACAUGGUCAACAGUGUCAAAGGCCGCACUGAGGUCUAAGAGGAUCAGGAUGGAGAUAUCACCACUAUCCAAUGUGAGCAAGAGGUCAUUGGUCACUCUCAAGAGAGCCGUCUCUGUGCUGUGGAAAUGUCUUUUGGCAGACUGAUUAGUACUGAGAAGAGAUUGGUCAAUUAAAUAAGCAAAAAGCUGUUUUAUAACUAGUUUGUCAAUAGCUCUAGAUAAAAAUGAUAAGUUAGAUACAGGUCUAUAAUUUUUUUAAUUAUUUUCAUCCAGACCAGGCUUCUUAAGCAAUGGUUUGACAGCUGAUUUACAAAGAGGGGGAACAGUGCCAGAAGAAAAGCUUUCAUUUAUUAUGUGGGUUAUCGUUGGGAGCAAAUGAUCUAAUGACUCAACCAACAGGGGGGUGGGGAUGGGAUCCAAAUAACAUGACGUAGGUUUAGAUGUGUUUAAAUAAUAAUUAAUAAUUAAUUAUGCUGAUUCGACUUCGAGUUGAACCAUGUUAAAUUUUACCAGUAACUUUAUUUUUACCAGUGAUAGACUGUGAUAAUGUGGUAUGUGCGUCCACUCAAUAUAAAUUAAUAUCUAUAGCAAAUAUGCGUCUGCAAAACAAAGUGACCGCAGAUUGUAUUAUAAACUUUGGUCAUCUACUUUUAGUAGUUAACUUUUUUUUAUGCCAGCUUAACUUGAUCCCACUCGGCACUGCGAUGCGACUAGUUAUUGUAUUCAUUUUACAUCCUGUAUGUUUAUUUAUUUACUAUUCAGAUACUGCAUUGUGCGAUUUUGAGACGAUAUUGUACGAUUUUAGGAGUUCAAGAGUAAACUGGUCUGCAAUAAACAAGAAAAUGUAGAUGCAAUAAUUUAAAAUUGAAAAGGGUAAAUUAAGGCACAUAGCAGCCAGGAGGUCUCCGCACAUGUGGAGAUUAAAUUGUAUCACAACAUCUCGUGUUCCAUACGUUUUAUCAAGCAAGUUUAAGUACCGUCGGCGGGCCGGAUCCCACCCGCGGACUGUAGUUUGGUGACCCCAGCACUAACCAAUGAAUUGCACACACUCCCAAAGAGUGAUUUUUAAAAUGAUUAUUUUCAUAUUUUUUUUAAAGCUUUAUUGUAGUAUUUGUUUACUAAUUAUUAUUACACUUUUCCACACCCACCAAAAUUUAACAGAAAACUUGAGAGCAUCAACCGAGAAAAAUCUAACCUGGAGCAAACAAGACUCGACUUGGAGGCAAAGAUUCGAUCACUUGAGUAAGAAAUAUUUUCUACAAAGAUAUACUUGCUCUAAUUCUGAUAUUUUGUGUCCUAUAUGUAUUGGCCAAAGAGUAACCAAACAAGGCUGGCAGCAAAAGAGAUUUCAAAACUGCUUUUGAAGACCCUAUUGAAAAAUAAUGUUAAGCUUUGUUAGCCAGAAUUGUGUAAUUAAAUGUAACAACAAAUUUUGUAGAAAAGCUUAAAUGGAAAUUAUUUAUCAGAAAUUAUUUUUUAUGACCCAUCAGGUCAAUUUUCAAAUUGGUCCUCUUGGAAAAUUUCAAUCAUUUAAAAUUCAAUUUUUUUUUUUAUUUCAAGAUAUUAACUUUUGCUAAUAUUUUUGGUUGGGCUUUCUCAGAAUUAGGUUUUGUUUUUAAAUUCAAGGCAUUCAUGAGUUAUAUAUAAUAGGAUACUUAUGUGACCUGUCAUUGCAGAUACAGUCUGACUGAUGAGGAAGAGAAGAGAAAGAAUGCCCAGAUUCUGCUCAGUAAGACAAAAGAACAGUUAGACAGGAAGGAAACACAGUAUGCAAGGUAACAUUUGUGGAAAGAUUUAGGAAAGGUCAAAGUUGUGACGAAGCCAAAAAAAAAAAUUUUUUUGCCUGGUUUAAGUAUUUUUUAUAAUUUCAAAAUAUAUAUAAAUACUUAAAGGGGAUCUAUUUCUGUAUAUAAUUAUUUAAAUUACAAUUUAUGAGAAGACAAAAGAUCUAUUUAAUGAAUGUUUGGCUUGGAUAAAGUUUUAAUCAAAGAAUUGUUCUGUUUUUUUUAAUGUGUGUUGAAGAAAUCUUUUCUUCUUAAUGAAAUUUUAACUGGUCAAACUGGGUGACCAAUUAAUAAAAAAAAUGUGUUUCUAUCAAACACCUUUGAAUUAUUAACUGGCCAGAUAAACCAAAGCUGAAGGCCCUCAUAUAAAGACUCUUUAUUUAAAGGCAUAGGAUGGAUAAACAAUGUUUGAUGUUAUCACUGAAAAUAAAGUAAUACUCUUUAAUCAGGUUCAGUUAAUAAUGACUGAGGUACAGUUUAUAAUUUGUUAGGUAAAGUUAAUGAUAUGUCAGGUAAAGUUUAUAAUAUGUGAGGUACAGUUUAUAAUAUGUCAGGUACAGUUUAUAUGUCAGGUACAGUUUAUAAUUUGUUAUGUACAGUUUAUAAGAUGUCAGGUACAGUUAUCAUAUGUUAAGUACAGUUUAUGAUUUGUUAGGUACAGUUUAUAUUAUUUUAGUACAGUUUAUAAUAUGUUAGGUACAGUUAAUAAUAUGUUUAGGUUCAGUUAAUAAUAUGUUAGGUUCAGUUUGUAAUAUUUUAGGUACAUUAUAUAAUUUGUUAGGUACAGUUUAUAAUAUAGUAGGGACUUUUCUUGUUUAAUUUCUCAUGCAGUUAUUUUAUAUUUUUAGUGAGCUCGAGUCCAGACAAAAAAUGGAACUUACCAUGAGAAAUCUCCAGAUUGAAAUUAGGACAGCAACCAACACUAUAAAAGAAGUAAGAAGUCACAAAAACAAAUUAUUUUACUAAUUGUAUUUUUCGGGGGAAAUUUGCUGUUGUGUUUAAAAUGUGGGUUUGAACAUUGAGGAUAAAGUUAUUAACUGUGCUUAAUUCUAUUAACUCUUACACCUAUUCAUCCAAAUAAGUUCAAACAAAAUUAAAUCACAAAAGUAUUAAUACUUUCACCCGAGUGCUUUGCUUUAAGGAUGGUCCAACUGGGAGGAUGGUCACAUCUAAGGAUGGUCCAACUGGGAGGCUGGUCAUAUCCAAGGAUGGUUGAAUGGGACACUGGUCACAUUUAAGUUUGGUCCUAUGGGAAGCUGGUCACAUUUUUCCACUAGAAGCCUUCCUUCAGGGCAGCUAAUAAUCCUACUAUCAUACACAAAAUAUUUCAGUCAUGUCCUAGCAAUUAUGACAAAUUUUAGUUGGUGCAGUCCAGCUGAUAGAUGCCUAAAAGAAUAAACUUUUUAAAAAAAUUCUGUUGUUCAGCUUAUGGAAGAAAAAGAAGAGCUGGAGAGAAAAGUCAGCCAGGCCAACAAUUCUCAGCAUUUUCAGGAGAAACUGUGGGAGGACCAGAAGAAGCUGAUCUCACAGCUACAGGAACACACACCCAGGGUCGGCUAUGCUACUGUAUUUUAGCUUUGUUUGACAUUUAAAAUGCUAGUUAAUGAACCAGAUAUAUUAAUAAAAAGAAACUAUUUCUAUAAUUUAUUAAAUCUUUGCAUUUAUGUAAAUUUAUGAUUUAUCUUUUUGUAUUUUAACUAAUUGGUUAUUAGUAUUCAAAGAUUGACUUUUAUAUAUUUUGAUACAAAUGCAAAUUAUUAUUUGUUAUAUUGUAUUACCUGGAACAAGGAAUGCUAAAUUCAGUUACAACAAAUUUAGAGUAUGAAAUAUUUUGUCAUGCCUGCAUUCUGAUUUUAAGUGUCUUAUUUUGAUGGAGCUAAUUAUAUAAUUUAUUACAUAGAGGACAUGGUCAAGGGGUAAAAAUUGGUAACUCUGUUACAGGAACAGGAAAACUCCUCUCUGGAGUCAACACGUGAAUCAUUUGUUGAGACGGACAGGCUUCAGGCAGAGUUGUAUGCUGUCAAGGUAAUACUCUUUUUGGUUUUUUUUUAAAUUUAAACUCUUUCAUUACACUUCUACCAAGCAAAGUUUCAUAAAUUUGAACAAAUUUGCUGUGAGGUCAAAACAUCUUGAUUUGAUUUUAAACAUCAGUAGUGCCCUCAGAGCUGUUCUGCUUUAAUGUUAGGGUCUUGCCAUAAAUUCUUCAUAAAUUCUUAUAAAUAAAAAAUAUUUUUAUUAGUUUUAUUCACUCACUUUCUUUUUGUUUUUUUACUUACAGAAAGCAUAAAUCUAUAUUAAGCAUCCCAACGGUAAUAGCUACAGUGAACAGAAAAAUAUCAUUAGAAAUUUCUAGAAACCUAACCCAUUCAACUUUAUUUCCCAAAACAGAUGGAGAUGGACCGUCAGAGGUCAAGGUUCAAGGAUAACAUUGCAAUGUUUGAGGGGGAGAAUGAAAUCCUGAAUGCCAAAGUGGAUGAGUUGAGAAACGAAAUUGUAAGUAACAAUUUGUUACUUCUGUUUUUAAUAACUUGUUUUUAAAAUCUACCUGUAAGUAGUCCACAGUCAUGUGCUUAUAACCCCAGCCUGUCAGUAAGCAUUUAGAACAAGCUACACUUAAAGGUAUUCCACAGCUAUGUUUAUUAACCUGAUAUUAGUAAAAAAAAAAAAAUAUGUAACUAUGGGAAUCUAUUUUUAUUUUUUUUUAAAAACAGCAAAUUUUAAGAAGCAUGUGGUUGGUGAGACAUUAUCUUAGUUGUGAUAUUGCCUGUCUGGAAAUGGCUUUUGGCAUAUUUAAUUUAAGGCAUUUUUUUUUCUAGGCGUCAUAAUUAUUAAUUUAUUAUUGUUUGAACUCAAAGGUUUGGCUAGAAAGAUUAGUUUGUUGGGUGAGAUUCGGCCACUUGUGUAGGCUUCCAAGCAACCACCAGCCCUGUUUACCCUCAAAUGCUUAAAAUUGUACAAUAUCACCACAAAAGUAUUCAAUACAUUAUCUUAAGAGUAAAAAAAUAAACAUACAUUAUAAUAUAUAAUAAUAAUAAUCUAUAUAUAUAAAAUGUAUACACCUCAAAAUCCUAAAUUGUGCGCCAAAAUCUUAGGCGUACACAGGUCUGAACCACCCACAUCCCAUACAAACUUGCAGAAUGUUUUCAUGCAUUGAGUGAUAGAAAAAAAUUUUGUAUCCCAGAAACUGAAUGAGGAAGCCCUAGUCCAAGCCUCUCAGAUGUACAGCCUACAGCUGAGUUCACUCAAAGCAGAAUUAAGUUCAGCUCAUUCUGUUAUGGAGAAGGAGAAGUCAUCGAGAGAGAAACUGGAGGCUGAGGUUAGUUGCCCUGUGCGGCAAGUUGAAUUUGUUGAUAAAAAAAAAAAUCUAUAAUAUAUUUAUUUUGUCCUACUUUUUUAAUACUGUGAAAUCAUGCACAUAGAAAUAAUUUCCAACAAAGAAAUUUUGUUAUUGAUUUAGCACUUAUAGCAUUUAAUUUUUUCAUGCUGAUUGUUUAAAAUCACCUAGCCAUCUAUAACUUUGAGUACUGCCUCACUGGCCUACACGUCUAUAGUGACUAGUCCCAUCCACAGCCAUCAUGAUCAUCUCAGUAUCUAUCUCUGUUUCUGUCUCACAAAUCAUUUUUGACCAUCAUAAUCUCUUAUCACCUGGUUAUGUAUGAACCUCAAGGCCAUCCUAAGUGGAUGUGGCCAUUUGUAAAGGUACAGAAGACUGAUUCCUUGUUAAACUAUGUGAAGUCUGAACUAAUAUUAAAAAUAAUCAUUGUCUCCUCAGAUUGACUCACUCAAGACUCGUCUGCUCAGUACUAAUCAUGAAAUGGACAAGGCAAUCAGUGCCAGGAAUGAAUUAGAAAGGUGCGGACAUAAGCUGCCUAUUUUAAUGUUACCAAUUUCCUAAUCAAUAUAAUUAAUCUGAAGUUAUUUGUAGGGUAUGAUCAUCAAGAUCAUUUGCUUUGACAUUUUGAUUAUGAUUUGGAUUGGUAUGAGAUUGAUACGAUAUUGAGCUGUACAGCUUUAAUUAAUGCAAUGUUGUGGAUUCUUUAUAAUUAUUUUUUUUUUUUUUUAUGUGUGUUAUGAGUCAUGUCAGUUUUAAGUUUUAUUUGGUGCACAUUUCAACAGAGAACACAGGCGAGAAAAAGAAUUGUGGAACAAAGAAAUGGAAAGGAAAUCAGGGGAGGUGACUGCGUUAAAGGAUGAUAAUCAGGUCAGUAUUUUCUUAAAUUCUGUUUAAAUAUCCUGCUUGUGAACAAUAAAAGUUGUGAAAACUCAUGUACCUUACUAAAUGUUAUAUAGUGGCCUAGUUGUCUAGAAUACAAUCUCUUGUAACUUUCUACAUGUUAUAUAAUGGCUUAGUUGUCUAGAACCUCUUGACCUUUCUAAGUGUUAUUUAGUGGCGGCGUUGUCUAAUCUGGAAUCUUUUGACUUACAGUAAUUUAAGUAGUAUCAUGCAGGCUUUAUGCAAUAUUUUAGGGUAGUAAACACAAUGUUGAGUUCUAACAUGUAUUCAAUUUAUUAUUUCAGCAUCUGAACCAAAGACUUCAUGCUACUGAAGGCAGGCUCAACACCAUAGAAAAUGAGGUCAGCAGAGAAAUAGCUUUUCUUUAUUCAUAAUAAUUGAUGUAUUCAUUAAAUAUAAAUGAUGAAGGAUUGCCAUUAAGCAAUUUUUAUUGCAAAAUGCUAUCACAACGACCAAUAAAGUCUAAAACAUGUGAAUUUUAUUUACUUAUAUUUAAGCCUUUUAGUGUUCACUGUAAUUUAAUUUUAUUCAGUUAUUAUUCUUCCAUUGCUAAGUGAUAAAAUGAUACAACUUAUAAUACAACAUAACAUGAAUAGACAAAAAUUCAAGCCAAUAUAAGAAUGAGAAAGAGAUUCUAACACUAAUGCCAAGAAGAGCAGCUAUAAUUCAUAGCCUAAAACUCUCAACCCUUUAUAUCUUUAUUUUAUUAUGAAGAAUAUUUUGAACAUUCCUAUCUGUUUGGGUCAUCUGACUUAAAAUAAUGAAUUCAGCAAGACAAACUGUUUAUUUGAUCAAUUCUGCAACCUGUUUGCUGUCAUUCUCAAAAACAUGACAUUUAAAUAUAGCUCAUAAAUAAAUGAGGUCAGGGAAUUUAUGCUAAAACAUGUUAGUAAAAAUAAUCAAGCCAGUGUUGAUUUAUGUCCAUUCUUCUCCCCCAAGUUGCAUGUUUCCAAUACUUCCCUGAUGGAGAGAACUGCCCAGCUUCAGCAGCUCAAGCAGGAACUAGACAGACACAAAUCAACACAUGAGUCCCUGGAUCAAAACUACAGGAUGGAAAAAGUAGGUGAUGAUCUGGUAGCUGGAAAUAUUGAAUACAUAAAUUGUGAACUGUCUUGGAAGGACAGCAUAAUAAAGUAACAGUUAACUAUUAGAAAGAAAAGGAACAUUUAGAGGAAAAAAAAGAAAAAGAAAAGAACAAAUAAACAAAUAGAGAAAAUUAUUUGAAAAAUAACAAGCUUAAUUUUUAUGAUAAUAUUUUUUUGUUUUAAAUUUUAAAAUCAUGGUUGAUAGGGACGGUUCCUGAAAUUAAGAUUAUUUUUUAUUUAUCGCUGCUGUUGUUACAAUUAAAAUUUCAAAAAAGGUGAAGGUCACACAUCAAAUAUUAUACAGACUAUUACAACCCCCAUGUCAGGGUCAUAUUUAACGCCUAUGUCCAAAAGAAGAACUUUUGUUGAUGCCGUAAAACUUGUUUGGUAUCCCCUUAGGAGAAUAAUGCCAAGCUGCAGGCUAAAGUUGAGAAUAUGCAAGACAAGUGAGUGAACCUUUGCUCUUAUGUUGGUUGAGGGAUGGGUUUGUAAAAAAUGUUUUUAAUCAUCUGUAAGAAUGCAAAGAGGAUUUUUUUUUUCUGUGUACCAAGAUUAAUUACAAAAUAUGGAAGAUCAUCAAUCAAAAACAGAUUUUUAACAUUUUACUGUCCAGUGAGAAGUGAAAUUGUUAAAAUUAAAAUCCCCAAUAGGUAUGUAAAUGACCCUUGUGCAUUCCCACGUUGGGGUCGAAUCUUGACUGCCUGAAAGUCAUUUAAUUAUUUUUCUAAAAAAAAAAAAGGGUCAGCGCCCAGCAGCAGGACAACUUCUCACUCCGCCAACAGCUGGAUUCCCUCAAACUAAAUGCCGGCAGCUCACCGGGCUCUGACGCUAAUGAGAAGCUCAGCAACAUCCUGGCCAGUCUCAGAGCAGACAGUGAUAGGGUGAGGAACCAGAAGCGCAAAGAGAUAGCGAUCUUUUUUUAUUGAUGUGUUCAGUAACAGAUUUAUUUUAGGAAAAAGAAAAUGUCAUUUUAUAAAUAUGAAAUUAAUCACAACCUACGCAAAGACAAUCUUCAUUAAGAUAUUCAUUAUAUUCAAAAUAAAGUGAUUUACAUCGAUUGCUGAGUUUCCUUAAAUAAGAAUGACGAUUAAAUAAAAGGAUAGUAGAGAAAGUUGUUUUAUUCCUGACUAAAAAAAAAAGAAUUAAACAGUAUUAAGAUCAGUUCCACGUGACCUACUUUUGACACCAUGACUGAAUUAGAUUUGGUUUAUUUCUAGGCCAAAGCCACUCUUGAGGAGAAAAACAACAACCUGGUGGAACAGGUGGCCAGGCUGAAGGAGGAGGUGAGGGGAGCCGAGGCCAAGAGAGUUACACUGGAGCAGGACCUCAAGAGACUGCAGGAAGAACACAACGCCUUGAUCAAAAAGUUGUCUCAGACUGAGGCAUCUCUCCAGAUUGCGGGGGGGGGGGGGGGGGGGUGGGUGGGGGGGGGAUUACCUGCUUGUGUAUUUAUUAAUGAUUAAUUUAUAUCAAUUUGUUAUAUAUGAUAUGAGAUUAUAAGUGACAUGUUUAUAGGGACAGUUUUCAGGAAAGCUCACUGUCACUCAUGUGUCUCACCUGAGAGAUGUAAAGUUCUAUAUUGGCUCCCCACCACUGAAUCUUUAGUUAUGAGAAGAGUUGAAGAUUUUUUUCCUUCAUUUAGUCCAAUGACUUGUUUUCUCUCUGACUUAGAUGCAUAUUUUGUUCAUGAUCCAGAUUUGAACAAAAAAAACGGUAUAAUUUUGUGGAAAUGACAAGGUCUUCAAAGCUUACAACAGCAUCUUCCAUUAAUUUUACAAAAAAAAAUUAUAUUAAAAUUCCUGCUAAACAAUUGUGGCUUCAGAUCUAUGAUAAUUUCAAACUUUGGCAAUAAAAGAUAAUUUCUGUAGUUUAAUAUUGCAAUCAUAAAAUUUUAAUUCAUCUUUUAAUCAAUAUUUACCAUUUCAUAGAGAAUAUAUAUUUUUUUUAAAGUUUAAGAAUGUUUGGAUUCAAACACAAAAUGUGGCUUAGAGCUCUCUGCACACAGUCAGUUUUAUUUCCAACAGGCCAAGGAACAAGCUGAGCAAGAGAGGAUCCAGCUGAAGUCUGAGGUGGAGAGACUCCAGCAUAAGUACCAGUCAACACAUGACAAGUCUGUGGAGUCCCAGGCCAGGAUAUCAGAACUGGUGGACAGGCUGGAGAAGGCUGAGCACACAUCUCUGUAUAGCAACCAGCAGCUGGCCAACACAUCAGCCAAUAUGCAGGGCCUGACCAAGACAAAGGUAAGAACUGACCUAGUCAAAGUAAAGGACUGACCAAAUCAAAGGUAACACUGACCAAAUCAAAGGUAAGGACUGACCAAGUUAAACAUAGGCCCAUUUACUAGUCUGUAUUAAAGAAUGGGCCUUUGUAUUGCAUGCUGUUAUGACACAUCCACCCUCAGCCACCGUUUGGUGAUGUUCCUUUGGAGGAGCAGCCAAGCAACAAUAGACAAACAAAACUGAAAAAAUUAAAGUCAAAGCUUUAGACAAAAUUGUGAAAAUAUAUGAGCACAUUUAUAUUUUGUACAUAUUGUUGUAGGGAAAUUAUAAUAAUUAAUUUAUUUGACACUAUUUAAUGGGGUGAAGUCAUCAUUCAGAUCCAGUGGCCAUUUUAGAAUAUACCCUACAGCCUGUGGAGAGAGUAAAGAAUUUACACACUCUCCGCAGGCAGCUGUUCUUUGUUGGUUUAUAGGGUGUGUGGGUGUUGUCCUGGAAUUUUUGGUUGAUAUUUUAGGAAAAAAGCCUUGAAGUGCUGGGCAGUGGAAGAGGUGAUGUGUUACUGUACAGUGGCAGAGCGAAGUGGCCAUUAAAAUCACAGACAAUCAAGGUCUUAGAGCAUUGUUUGUUCUCUAGGUGGACAAAGUUGCAGUUAUUUUUUGGGGGUCUGUAUGUAUUAAAAACUUUUUUACCAUGGUACCAAACAGAAGCGUUGACGCUAUCUGUGAGCUGAUCAGUUGUGACGGCCUUAACCUUGACUUGUACUUUUUUUUAUGAAGAUGAUGGCCCCUGUAUUCCUUUAACUAAUUAUAAAAAGUGUUGGACUGCGAUAAAGCUUUAAAAUAGAUGAAUUAGACACAAACAAUUUGUGUCAAUAAAACAAUAUAUGUUAAGCUUUAAUAAUAAUUUAACAUAACACAAAAUAAGUAAACGUUUCGGCGCACGCCUUCAUCAGUACAACAACAAAACACUUCAAUAAGUAUCAAUUAAAUUUACAUAAUAUAAAUUAAAUUUACAUAAUAUAAAUUAAAUUUACAUAAUAUAUAUAUACAUAUAUCCUACCUAAAAAAAAGGAGAAAAAAUAGAAGUGGGCAAUAAAAACCAGACAAAAACAAAGUAAAGAAGAAUGUAUUCCAGAUGAGAUAGCACCUGGUACAUCUGGACAGUAACUACCUCUAACUAAGAGAGGCGUUGUCUUCUCUUCUUCUUCUUCUAUAUCUUAAGGGCCCACGAUCAAUUUAUUGAUCAUUUUGGCUCCAUUUUGUAAUGUGCAUCACUCCUUUCCAUCCUCCACUGAUUAGAUGAAGAAAAGGCACACAUUUCUGGUGAGGCCAUGCUAUCUUAAAAACUCACAAAAUCCAACUGUCAGCCCCUUGUUGUUGAUGGCAUGUAUUUAGGCUGCUUAAUUUUCAAGCUAUUUUCCUUUCAUUCCCAAAUGUUUUAGACUCAGCUUGAUGAGAGCAUGCAACAUUUGCAGAUAGAAAAUACCAAGCUAGAGGCAGAGCUCAAGUAUGAGAAGCAGAGGGCGGACAUGCUGUAUCAGGACUUGCAGGACUCUCAGAAGGUGGGUUUUAUAAGGGGGCUGACAUGCUGUAUCAGGACUUGCAGGACUCUCAGAAGGUGAGUUUUAUGGAGGGGCUGACAUGCUGUAUCAGGACUUGCAGGACUCUCAGAAGGUGAGUUUUAUGGAGGGGCUGACAUGCUGUAUCAGGACUUGCUGGACUCUCAGAAGGUCGGUUUUAUAAGGGGGCUAACAUGCUGUAUCAGGACUUGCAGGACUCUCAGAAGGUGAGUUUUAUGGAGGAACUGACAUGCUGUAUCAGGACUUGCUGGACUCUCAGAAGGUGAGUUUUAUGGAGGAACUGACAUGCUGUAUCAGGACUUGCUGGACUCUCAGAAGGUGAGUUUUAAAGGGACUCUGUAGAUUGUAAGUCGGUACUUGUAAAUCAGGGUUUGUCUGCCUUUUGUCCAUUGUUACUUUCAAUGCACUGUAGACGUAUCCUCCGAAACCCUGAUGAGCUAUUUUAGGUCACUUAAUUGCGUUAUGAAUUGGAAAAUAAGCCAAUAAAUAAUUUUAGAAUUUAUGACAUUUAUUUGAAUAUCUGCAUUUCCACAUUUCAAACUAAAGAAUAUUUUUAUAAUCCAUUAUGACAUAAUUCUUAAAACACUAUUCUUAAAAUUUUUUUAAAUGUAUAAGAGGUACAAAAACUUCAUUUUUUUAUCAUCAACAAGUUUUUCCUAAAUGUUUCAGCUGCUAUAUUUUUAUGCAAUUCUCACCUAAAAAGCAUUUAUAAGCCUACAAUUAAAGAUGUUUUUUUUAAAAUAAUAAGUUUAAAUGUUGAUUCUGUUAAAUAUAGAUCUUUACACUUAGUUUGUAUUUAAGAACUCCUAAAUAUUUAAGUAUAAAUGGCAAAUUAAGUUGUGGUUUUCUUUAAUUUCAUGUUCCAGGUUCGUAGCAGCCUUGAAGCCUUGUGUGCCAAUCUGAAGUCAUCAUCAGCGCACAUAGAGGACAGGCUUGGGGUGAGUGCACACAGAGAUUUGCCUCUCUAAAUGACAUUACUUGUUUUAAACUUACUUCUUUGCCUUUUUCCUUACUAUGGGUGUGGGAGAUUGUUUUUAAAAAAAUUUAAAAAAACAAUAAUGAAAAUAUACUUACUUGAUUAUAAAUGAAAUGCAUUUCUCCUUGUCUUCCAAUCCAUGUAACGUAAGUUUCUGUUUUCAGUCAGAAAAUGGAUAUGAAGACAGUAGACUUGAAGUGAGUCUUUAAUUAUAGGCUUUUCAUUUCCACCAGAAACCAGCUUUUUAUACAUAUAUUAGCUUUUGGCUUUAGCUUUUAUUAGAUCAUGGCUAGAUAUGAGAAUUUAGCUUUUAUUGAUCUUUAAUUAAAAUCAAGAAAUCAGUUAUUGUAGCUCUGAUAAGCAAUCAACGUUAACUUCUUUUUGGCUUUUUGAAAAUGAUCAGCUUCUUUUACUUGCAUUUUUUUGUCUUUAACAAGCAUCAAAAGAUCUUUAAUAGAAGUUAACAAUUAGUGUUUUUUGGAAUAAUUUGUUUUUAAUCUCAUCCUAUCUGAAAGUUUAGUUUUUUUUCAAACUUUUUUUGAAUAUGACACUGUGUACUAUUUGUGUCUUCUAUUUGUUUCCAUUUGUCCAGUAUCUUUUAGCUCUUUAAAAAUUAAAUUUCAUUUGUACUCUCCAUAAAUCUUUAGUCAAUAGAAACUAUUUCAUUUUCCAUUAGUUUUACGCUUAGUCAUCAUCUUAGAUACAUUUUUUUACAUUGAUAAUCGUAACAAGAAUAUGUUAAAAUUAAUCCCAUUAUUUGAUUAGUGCAGUAGCCCCAAGUCUGUUUCUCAAACACUGAAAAGGCUUAUGUUUCUCAUUAUUGCCCUGUCUUUCUAUUUCAAGCUUCCACAUACCUUGUUUUUCUAUUUAAUUAUAUUUCUCCACUGGCUUAUGACAUAGAAAUAAAAUUAUAUUAGGUAAAAUUAAAGAAUAAGCACUCAGUCCCGGUUUGGCCAACAGUCACAUAAACAUUGCUGUCUUAAAUACAAGUACUCAAUUACUUGGUGUGGGAGAGGGGAGGGCUUAGAGAAUAAAUGUCAGUUCAGAAAAGAGAUAAAAGAUUGAUUGAAAUAAAAAGUUUAUGAAUCAGACCCAGUAAUGGAAGUAGAAAACAUUUUAAAAAACUGAUUAUUCAAAAUUGCAUAUGUGUUGUCAAAGAAAAAGAAUAUUUUAUAAUCUUUAAAUCUGGCACUGUUCCCUGGUGAAAAUUCGAAACUUGUCCACUGGUCCGCCAAACUUGAAUGUUUGGGAAACUCUGUGCUGAGGGACCUGACAUUUACGGUCAGCAGCAGUCUUCUUCUUCUUCUUCUUCUUCUAUAUCUUAAGGGCCCACGAUCAAUUUAUUGAUCAUUUUGGCUCCUAUGCAUGUAGAUGGGAUUUGCAAUGUUUCUGUUCCUGGUGUUGAGGAAAUUUCACAGAUUUCCAGUGCCACUUUGUGAGGGAAUCAUGCACUGGGGGUUUGAAGGCUUGAGGCAAUAGACACAAAUGUGUCUAGUGUUGUCGCCUCAACCGUUCCUUUUGAAAGAUUGUUCCAGUCCCUGAUUGUCUUGGGCAGGAAUGAGCAGCUCCUAUACUGGCUUCUUGCUGGUAUGAGCCUGAAUUGCCUGUCAUGGCCUCGUCGCUGUCUAUGGGGGAGAGGUACGAGUUUCUGUUUAAUACUGGAACAGUGGACCAGCCCAUUAUUUAUCUUGUACAUCAUGGAGAGCCUGGAUUGUCGUCGUCGUUUCUCCAAUGGUGACCAGCCUAGUGUUUCUAGCAUGCUGCCAACACUUGAGGUAUUCCUGUAGCGGUUUAGGACAAAGCGUGCUGCUCGUCGCUGGACCGCCUCCAACCUGUCAAUGCUCUUCUGGGUAAAUGGGUCCCAGACUGAAGAUGCAUAAUCUAAAAUCGGACGGAUAAAGGCUUUAUAUGCUCUUUCUUUCACACAGGAGUUGCCAAUCUUUAGAUUUCGCCUUAAGAACCCUAGGGUCUUGUUUGCUUGGUUACAUACAGUCAAAUGUGCCCCAAUUAUAAAAUAUAUAUGUAUAUAUUUGAACAGAAAAAGUGAGGAGGAAAGAGUUUCGAACCUUUCUCAGUAGAUUUGUGGGGGAAAAUGUGAUAUUUAGUGUUGUCAUUUUUAAAAUAAUUGUGUCCAACUAAAAAUGUAAUAACUGUUUUUUAUUAUUAAACCUUUAACACCUAUCCUUAAUCUAAAUAUCUAAUUAAAGUAAGUUAUAUUUUAUUCUUACUGGUCUUGAGACCUUACUGGUCUCUGCAGCUCUAAUACUACUACACAAAGCUUACAGCUUGUUCUAAGGGAAAAGGAACCGUCCUCUCAAAUAUAUUGAUGACUGAGAUAACUAAACUGUUUAUGUUUUCCUCAUUCUACCCAAUUCCUAUGGAAAAAUUCUUUUGUAAUUUUAUUUUGCCUAUUUCAGCAAGUUUCUAUUACUGGUUUUGUGUGUUUACGUUUUCUGUUUGUCAAUAUCUGUAGUGAUCCAUGGCAGACUGGCCUUUAUGGCAUACAUGACUGACUGGCCCUAAUGGCAUACAUGGCAGACUGGCCCUUAUGGCAUACAUGGCUGACUGGCCCUUAUGGCAUACAUGGCAGACUGGCCCUUAUGGCAUACUUGGCAGACUAGCCCUAUGGCAUACAUGGCUGACUGGCCCUUAUGGCAUCCAUCGCAGACUAGCCCUUAUGGCAUACAUGGCAGACUGGCCCUUAUGGCAUACAUAGCAGACUGGCCCUUAUGGCAUACAUGGCUAAUUCACAGAAUAAUCAGCCCAUUUAGUCAUGUAAUUCUUAACACAAAUUAAUUUGACAAAAUGAUCAGCUCAGCUUUUUUUCUUAAAUCUAUUAUAACUUUAUCUUAAUUUUCAGAUUAUUUAUUUUAGAAAAUCAUAUAUCAACGCUAUAUUUCUUUAAAAUAAGGUUACAGAUAAUACAGCAGAUAGCUGUUGAAAAAAAUAUAUUUAUUGUACUCUAUUAAAAGUAAGUGUUGAAAUGCUUUUAAAUAUGUGCAAAAGUUUACAUUCUUCAAAUUUAAAAAAAAUCAUUAAAAAGAGAUUUUUAAGAAAUUAUUUUCAAAUUUUUCAAUGAACAACUGUUAUACUAAUGUUGCACUAACUGGGAAUUUAUUUUUGAUAAAUUUCAGCUGAGCUCCAAACAUACUUACUAAAAUGUGCUUUGAUUGUUUGUAUUUUAAUUACAUCUGUCUAAACAUUUAAAGAAUUUGUUGUUUUUUUUACACCUGAGACAGCCUUGUAAAAUAUGGGGAUUUAUUUUUAUCUAGGAGGAGAUAGCUGCUCGUGUGAUGUACGAAGCAGAAGCUCGUGAUCACAAAAAUUUGUAUGACCUUGAAAUGAAAUCAAGGUCUAAGUUGGGUUUAAGGGUGAGUGAUUGAUGUGUACUAGAUAUGAAUUGCCCAGAAUGCACCAGCAAGCCAAAAGAGUGAAACUUACACACGUUCUCUUCAUACAUUAAUUUUUUUAUUUGUGUAGCAUCACAGUCAAGAUCACUUAGUUUUGCAUGUGUCACAUUCACAGAGCAAUGAAUCUUUAUGCGUGGCCAAAAGUUUAUAAUGUUAAGUUGAAUGAAUCAUUUUAAAAAAAGGUCAUGUGACCAAAGUAGUGUAUUUUUCUUCUGCAUGAAAUAUUACUGGCAUGAGUUUAUUUAUUCUACUGCAUAAUUAAUAUAAUCAAAAUCAGGCAACAAAAUGUUUGUGUUCUCAAAAUGUGGUGAUCUGUUGCAUGAAUCACUCCUUUAAAGCUUGGCAGAAAAGUGGCUAUGAUUCAUAAUGAUUUUAUUUUGGUUGUUUGUUGUUGUUGUUUUGCCAUGUUAGAGCCAACAACUGACUAGGCUCUGGUUAUACUCAAGUGAUAAAGUUUGGUACUCAGCUUAAUCUGGUGACAUAUUUUCAAAGUUUUGGAAGUCCUUUAUUCUGGAAUAUAUUUAGAUCUAAAUAUAUAAAAUAUAUUUGGGUUGAAUUAAAAGGAUUUCUUAGCAACUUUAUUGAAUUCAAUUUAAAGUUAUUGUCUCAGUCACAUACCUUUAAAUAUCCAAGGAAAAAAAUAAUAUGUGAUGAUAUUAUUAAAGUUUUUCCUGCCAAUUUUUUAAAAACUAUUUUGAUAUCACUCACCACAUAUUUGUUAUGCUUUGAAUGGUGGAUGAAUCACUCCUAAAAUGUCAGGUUGUUUUGUGGACAUUUAUUGUAGUGUGCUAAAAACUGUAAUGUUAGAAAGUAAUAGCAUGUGUCAAAAAGUACUAAGUUAACAGAAUACUAUUUAUCUACAAAUAAUAAUGAUUGAUUUUUUAUAAAUAGUCUGCUCAUUUUUUUUUAAAAUAAAUAAUUAAUCUUGACCUCUAAUACUUUGAACUAAAAUUGUUUUCAUGCUUCCCUUUGCAAAUUUUUAUUCUUUAAAUGUCUGCUCUGAAUUCACAUCUUAUACAUUCAAAUAUAGUUCAUAAUUUAUUGUUUAAAUCAUGUUGUUGUAACUUAGACUGCCCAAAUACUUCACUUUAUUCUACAAACCCUAACACUAAACAAGCAAAGCUUGAUGAUAAUUGUAAAGCAAUCUAAAUUUAAAUUAAACAUGAAGAACAUUUUGUUCUUUCUUUAUAAACAUAGACUUUUUAAAUCAACUUAAUUUUAGAGUUCAGAUCUCCAAACAUUGCAUUCACUUUCCCUUAACUAAUAAAAAAAAAUGUUUCUACAUUUUUUAAACUCCAGAUUACUUUUUUUGCAGAUAGCUGACUUAGAGAGGAAUAAACAUUCUUCAGAUGCCAAACUUGGGGAGGUGAGUGUGUGAUUAUUGAUGGUCCUCAUGUGGAGGUUCUGUUGAGAGUUAAAAUUAAUCAGAGAGCGGUAUAUAAUGAAAUGUAAAAUAAUUGUCAGAUUAGAAAAUAGGUCAAAGCUUUCCUAGAGACAAAAAUAGGUCAAUGAACAUUUUAUAUACAAGCUGUGUGUUUAGCAGUCAAAAUAUACGAGUAUCUAGCGUUAAAACAGCUUAACCCUUGUCUUUUCUUCAAAGCUUUAAACUACUUGUUAUUUUUAAUGCAGUCCUACCACAAUCCUUAUUUCUACUUUUUGAAUGAUUGUCAUAAUGUAAAAUUUGAUUAGCCCUUAGGUAAGAUUGUUAGAUCCUAAAAGCUUGUAAGGUCUAAAAAUUUCAUAGAUAUUUCUUAUAUUCCUUGUCUAGGAAAAGAAUCGAGCCCAAAUGGCGGAUGAAAAACUAAGAUACCUGGAGUCUCAGUUGGAGGCAGAGAAAGAAAAGUAUGGAGGAUUUUACUUAUUUUUGUUUAUGAGAUUAGAUGUUUUUAUAUUAGUUUAAAAAGAUUUUUAUUUUAGCUGUGCAAAUUUUUUAAUCUGAUUUUCUAACUUCACAGUUUUAAAUAAAACUGGAUUGCCCUUUUUUUUUUAAAGUCCAACAGACAAUGUUAUAGACUUCUGGAAGGCACCAAUCUAAGUUUAAUUCUUCUUGUAGACCUCCCCAAAACUCUUUCCCUUCACAAUAUCAAGCGUUCUAAUAAAAGAAUAAUCUCCCAAAAACUAAAACAUACAUAUUUUAUAUACAUUAAUCUUAUUGCAUUCUUUAUUUCUAGAAAUCACCAAUUACAGAAGGAUAUGAAUUCACUUAAACAUCAUCUGAAAUCUGCUAAAAACAAAAUAAAGGUAUGAUCUGACAGAAGUUGAGAAUAUGGAUGGAUAAGACAACUAGCCACACAAUGCUUACUGUAUAUACUCGCAUAUAAGCCUACAUCGCAUAUAAGCCGACCCCCUAAAACUGCUUUAAAAUGGCCAGUUUUUGCAAAAACCGGCAUAUAAGCCGACCAUACAAUGGUCUAAUUUUACUCCAUAUUUUUGGUUCAUAGAAAUUUGUUACUGCAAAGAUGUAAAAUGCUCACUUUUAUGUUACAUACCAGUUUGUUUACCUUUUGGAAUGACACAAAAACAUGUUCUGCUCUUUCCACAUUGUUUGCUAUAAUAAUAUCUGUAUAUAUAUAUAUAUUAGAGGUCUAUUACUCUGUACACACAACCAAAUAAAGAGUCAGAUAGCGAUGAAAAUGUGUGGCGGGAAAAUUGGCAUUAGUGUCUGUCCAUGUGUACAUUUUGUUUUAUGCGCAUGUAAGCCGACCCCCCUGAUUUCAGUAUAGUAUUUUAUAGUUCUAAAUUCGGCUCAUAUGUGAGUAUAUACGGUAACACAAAUUCACUUGAUCAGUUUCUUUUUUUCCAUUUAAAAAUCUUGUUCAUUCUUUGACUAAAACAGAAAAUUCUGAGAGUAAGAUCAUGUGUUUAGGGAACAUUGUAAACAUUUGAUAAUUUUUUUUAUUUUUUUUUAUUUUAGUCUUUGGUACAAAUAGUGUAACUAACUUCAGCAGUGAUAUCACACCAAAUUAAAAAUUUUGAACUAUUCCAACUUCCAUUUUAAAGAAUUUAUUCAAUCUAACUGACUUUAUUUCCUUAAUAGGCUGAAAUCAAAUUAUCAUUUGGACUUUCCACAUUUUCAUCAUAUCAACAACUUGUACUGCUUUAAACUGAUUAAUUUAUGAAACUGCUGAUAACUAAAAAAAUAUUGCAUUUCUACUUUGACUAUGUGGCAGAUCACAAAACUUUAUUUAACAUACAUGAUUGCUACUGCUAUGCAGACUCUGCUAAACCAGUCAGUCGCUAUCUUUUUAAACAGUGGCAAAGCUUAUUAUAAAUAAAAAUUUAAAUUAAUGUUUUUAAAGUUUAUUUUUAUACAAAUCAAUAAGAAUUUAAUAUUUAAAUUUGGAAGAAAUAGGAAGGUCUAACCUUGAACCUAAAUCAUUUAAAAUUGUCAAAUAAUAACUAGCUUCUUAUUUUUGCUCACGAGUGAAGAAAAAAAAAAAAAAACCCCCCCCCCCCCCCUUUAUUUUCCUUCAACCUCUUCUUCCGCGUCCUUCAAAAAAAUAAAACAUUAUUCUCAUUAUGUGCUCUUAUGUGAAAUCCAUUCAUUUUAUCAUAAUCAUUAGAUACUUUAUACAUCUCCAUAGAUACAUUGUUAUUAAUGUAUAUCUUUACCUUGCAAGAUCUUUAAAAAAAAAUGUAAUCUAUAUUUCAUAAAGUUUUUAAAAAAUCAGCUUGGCAUGUCAUGCUCUUUGAAGAAGCAGAAUGAAAUUUAGACCUUCGGUGAAAAACUAGACCAAGUGAAAGUCUAGAGAUCCCUAGACCAACUUGAGUGAAAGUCUGGAGAUCUCGAGACCACUUUCAGGGAAAAUCUAGAGAUCCCUAGACCAACUUGAGUAAAUUCUAGAGAUCCCAAGACCAGCUUCAGUGAAUGUUUGGAGAUCCCUAAACUAGCUAAGUGAAAGUCUAGAGAUCCCUAGACCAACUUGAGUGAAAUUCUGGAGAUCCCAAGACCAGCUUCAGUGAAUGUUUGGAGAUCCCUAAACUAGCUAAGUGAAAGUCUAGAGAUCCCUAAACUAGUUCAGUGAAAGUCUAGAGAUCCCUAAACUAGCUAUGUGAAGUCUAGAGAUGCCUAAACUACCUAAGUAAAAGUCUAGAGAUCCCUAAACUAGCUAUGUGAAGUCUAGAGAUCCCUAAACUAAACUAGCUUAGUGAAAGUCUGGAGAUCACCAGAACAACUUCAUUAAAAGUCUGUAGAUCUAUUUUCUAUGUAAACAAAAGGUUGUCAGGUCACUUGUUCCUGUAUGCAUGAUGAGCUACAUCACUUUGAUAUUAUGCCUUUGGAAUCAUGCACCACAGCACACGGGCAAAGUCACAAUGUGUCUAAUUGUGAUCUUCUAUCUAACAUUUUGUUGGAAUGACAAAUAUAAAUAUAAUUUAAUAACUAUAUUAGUGUAUUUAUUGUCUUGCAUUUUUUAAAUUCAUAGUUUUCUGCUAAUUACUAAAUUAUCUUUUGAAGCUUGUCUUCUCGGUGUCAAUGAUCGUUUGGUCUUUAAACUAAGAUGACAUUGGCAACACCUAAAGUAUUUUUAUGUUCUCCUAAAAUUUACAUACCAUUACUGUUACAAGCAUUUUAUAAUUUGCUCUUUCAGACCAGCAAAGUAAUAUUUAAAUAUAUAUUAAUUCUGACUUUUAUUUAAUACGCUUCUGUUUAAGAAUAAAUGAACAUAAUAUGGAUAAUUGAAAAUAUUUUCUCUUAAAGAGCGAAACAUUUCCUAAUGCAUAAUUAGAAAAGGUUGAAUUAUGAACUAACAAUGAGGACCUCAUUAAGCUACUUGCCUGGCUCAAAUCUAAGGGUUCACUGGAUUGUUGGAGUGUGUGGUUUAAUAAUUAUAUAUAACUGUAGUGGCUUAAUAAAUAAUAAAUUCAUCAUUUAGGAAACCAGAGAGUUUUCUCCAUUAGAUCCUCAAUAUACAGAGUUCCAAAAAGAUGUUUCAAGUAAAGAAAUCUUUGUGUCAACUCCUCGAAACCAGGUAGUGGAGAGUAACAGACAAAAAUAGUCAGGCUUCUUUCUAGACUUGAUGUACACAAAGCUUGUGUUGAAGAUUCUAUCCUGCACCUUGCCACGUAGUUUUAGUACUAAAAUUGCACUUUGUAUGUCCUUCAUACCUUAAAAGUUUGAACCUUUUUGACAUUCCAAUCCUUGCAUGAAAACAAAACAUGGUCUUUGGUCUUAACAUAAAAUUUAAACAGUAAUUUCACUGCUUGAGCAGCUGGAGUCAUUUUCUUUCUUAUCAAGAAACAUUGGUUAUGUAUAUACUUUCAUAGAGUUAAAAAUACUUUGUUAACCAGGGUGGGUUAUUGGUGAUAAUAAAAAUGGUAUGCUGUGAUGUCAAAUCUUUGAAAAAUUACUAAGGAUUGUAAUCCAAAAAGGUUUUCAGGUAUGAUUUCACUAGUUUUUUCGUUUGCUUUUUAAAAUUGAUAUUGUAUUUAAAAAAUGUUCAGGAGUAUAAAAUGAUUUUAAUGUACUUCAAAGUUUAUUGUCAAAAUAUUUUCUUUUAAAAAAAUUUUUUUAAACAUUUUUUUUUUUAAACUCCGAAUUUUUUUUCCUCCGCUGGACCUGAUAGAUGAACUUUAUUUCAACUUUUAAUCAUAUUUGUUCUAAUCUCCCUUAUCUCUGAUUGAUACAAUGUAGUUUAAUGCAGCAUCUUUGUCUUCAUUUCUUUUCUUUUUAUUGCAAUCAUAGUUACCAACCCUUAAAGACUAUUGCUUUCAGUUAUCUUAUUUUAUAAAUUCCUUGGCCUUCUACUUUAUUUUGUUUUAAAAUUAAAAUACUGUAUGAGGUUAUGUCUAUUUUUUAUAUUUUUAUUAAUAGAAUCUGUCCAUAAUCAUCUACAGCCCUCUCCUUUUUUUCUAAGUGGAGCUAAGGUCAUCAAGACUUGCCAUGCUGCUGGAAAUCCUUUGAGUUUUCUAAGGGUGGUUCAUCUCACUUCACCAUGGCAUAUUGAAAAUAACAUUUACUUUUUAACUUGAACAGUUGUAGAUCAAACAGGAGACCUCAAACCUCACAUUAUUAGAUGUCAAAGUUCACCAAAUGUGACACUUAUUGCCUCCUGGUUUUUUUGUGAUCAUUAAAAAGCCUGUCUCAUAAUAACAAAGCUGAUCUUGAAAAUGUUUGUAAAAAAAAAAUAGCAGCAGAAAAUUAUUUUACUAAAACUAUUUUUUAAAAGUUGGAAGAAAACUACUUAAAAAUUCCAUUAGAUAGACCAACAACCCUACAUUUUUUUAAACACUUUAUGCACAUGAUUUUCUCUACACUAAUUCCUUGGUUUGAAAUAAUGUUUUCAUAUUUGAUAAUUCAACAUAAUAUUCUAGUGGCUUCUUUCCUGUUUAAAAGGUUUUUUUCAUGUGUGUGUGUUGUGCUUACUAUUAGUGAUGUCUGUGACAGUGAAGUUAACUCCUCUUAUAACAAAACUUUUUAUUUUAAAAAUAUUGAUUUUGUCCAAUUAAAAACAGGUUGUAUCCAUGAAAUUUUUUAAAAAAGCAUAUAAAUUUAUCUUGUCACUAAUUUAUACGGAUGCAAAUAAUAGUUUACAUUCUAUCACUGAGUUAUUCUCAGUUCAAACAUCCAAUAUACUUACUUUUGUCUUUGUAUCAAGAAAUGUGUAACUUGUGAACUUUGUAGCUGCUAUUCAUAAUGUACCAAGAUUUUCCAAAAUGCCUUCAGCAGUACAAAUGGAAAUGUUAUUUACAAAAAUUGUAUAUUUAGUUAAUUUUUUUUUAUCAGUUUCUAUUAUUUUACUGAGAAUAACGUAAUUGUAUUAAUAAUCAUCAGUCGAUAUGAUUAUUCAUUGACCAACUGUUGUCAAAAAAUUUUUAAAGUCAUAAUCAACUUUGCAAUUUGGUAAUGGUGAUUUGUUCAUGUCUCAGAGUCAAGGUUCAGCAAAUAUUGAAGACAUGAAAAGUGAACUGGAAGCCAAAUAUCGCAUGGAGCUGAACCGUAAGCUGGACGAUGUAAACAGGUUUUUAGAAUCACAGUCGCAGAUGCGAGACCGGCUGGACACAUCCAGGACAGAUCUAGAGACUAGCCUGAUGUUUGAUAAGAGAAAACUUGAGGUAUAGUAUAAGAUUGUACAGCAUAAGUUUGUAUAGCAUAAGUUUGUACAGCAUAAGUUUGUAUAGUGUAAGUGAUGUCACAGGGGAUUAUUUAACCUCCAAACUAAAUUUAUUUAGGACAAAUGGUGUUGAGCUCUAUAUUUUUUUAAUAUAUAUUUUUUUGAAAGGAUUAUGUAGAGCAUUUUAUUUGUUUAAAAUAUUUUAUUGGAAAUGUAUCAUGAAACCUUAUAUUAACUAAUAAUAAAGUUUGAUAAUAAAAACAAAAAUAAUGAUAGUAUCCAAUAUUUAUCUUAUUAUAAGGACAAACUGGGAAUAAUAAACAAUUCACAGUAUCACUUAAACGUAAUUAAUCCAGAUAUCACAUUUAUUUGUUCUUUAAUCUAGAGCAGUGGUUCUCAACCUGUAGGUCGCGGCCCCUUUGGGGGUGGUCCAACGACCCUCUCCCAGGGGUCACCUAAGGACAUCAGAAAACACAAUACUCGACAUUUCUGAAGUAGUAACGAAAAUAAUUUUGUGGCUGGGGGUAGCCACAGUACGAGCAACUGUAUUAAAGGGUCGCAGCAUUAGGAAGGUUGAGAACCACUGAUCUAGAGCCUAUCUCAAAACACAUUCUAUGUAUAUUUAUCGCAUUUUUUUUAUACGGAAGCCUAAUUGAAUUGAUCAAUGUCUGAAAAUAAAUAAAUUCUUCAUUAGAUGAAACCCAUAAUUUGGUUAAGGUGGUAAAGGCAACCAAGCAAGCUGUACAACUGCAUUAAAGGGACGUAACCAAAUGUAAGGCUUGUGAAAUAAUUUAAUUGUUAAUGUACUCUACUUUGCUCUAACUCUAAAGGAAGAGAACAACAACCUGCGUGUCAAAUAUGAGCAAGCUUUAGCUCAGAGGGAGACCAAGGAAAUGGAAGUUAAACGAUUCCGAGAGCUCUACGAAUCUGAAAUGAAGUGGAGACUGAGGGUUAGUGACCAACUUACACUUGCCACCGAGAAAAGUUUUAACCUCAAAUCUAAACUCAAGUAAGUUUCAACGAGGGGCUCUCAGUUUUAAAUAUUAGUUUCUGGGAUAAAUGCCAAAUGGAAAUGUAAAAACUUAAAUUUUAAUGCUGUUUUUUCAGUUUGAGUUUUAGUAUUUCAAAAUGUUCUUACUAUAAUGAUUCAGGGUAAUGUUAUAUUAUCAACACUUUGCUUAGCAAGACAACAACUUCCUGUAAUAUACAUGUGGCCUCAUGUUUUUAGGAUCACAGUUUAGUAUAUUUGUACUGUGCAUACAAAAGUUAUAAUUAAUAUUUUGAAUUUGAGUAUCGCCUUCUUAUAUGUUAUAAUGUCACAAAACUCCCACGUUGAUGACAACAUCAAUAUAAACCACCACAAAUUUGAGAGAGUGUCGACAUUCAAAUAUCUAGGGGCAACUAUAAACGAGCACAAUGAAAUAAUGUCGGAGGUGAAAAGGAUAACAGCAGGCAACCGUUCCUAUUUCAGCCUACAAAAGCUACUGGGAAGCAAAAACCUCUCAAGGGGAACAAAGAAGACACUAAAAACCACUAUCAUAAGACCAGUAGUAACUUAUGCUAGUGAGACUUGGAUCCCUACAGAAAAGGAGAGAACCUUCUCAAUACAUGGGAGAGGAAAAUACUCAGAAAAAUAUAUGGCCCAGUGAUGGAAAAUGAUAUCUGUAGAAUCCCUACAAACCAAGAGCUAUACCAAUUGUACAAAGAUAACCCAUAGACACAAAAAUAAUAAAAAAGGCAGACUGCGCUAGGCAGGACAUAUUGAAAGGACGCCAGAAUGUAGAGCUGCAGCAGUGAUAUACAGGCAGAAACCUAGGGGCAGACGACCCACCGGUCGCCCCAGGUGAGAUGGAUCGACGAUGUAGAGAAGGAUUUACACCAGUUGGGGGCUCGCGCAUGGAGGCGAAAAGCCAUGGAUCAUUCCGAAUGGAAGGAUGUGUUGGAGCAGGCCAGGGCUCCUUAUGGGCUGUAGCACCACUGAUGAUGAUGAUAUAUCGCCUUCUAAAAUUAUUGGGUUUUUUUUUAAUUGUUGGUAAAAUUUUAUUUUCCAUUCUUUCAGCAAUGAACGACAUCACCGCAGUCGAAUAACUGGCAGUAUAGGCAAUCUGAACAGCUCUGUGGUCAGUAACGGCUUUGACAUAACCAGGGUCAAUGGUUUUGAAGAUGAUGACCUCAGCAAUAAGAUUAAAGCAGAGCUUGAUAGGAGCAUUGCCAAACAUUUAGAAGCUGGUAAGUUGUGAGGGAGAUCAGUCUGUAGCUUGGGGGAUAUCAGGGUUACUGAACAUCUUAUAUCACUCAGAGUUGGUCAUUUUUGAUUCCCCAAAAGUCAGACCUGCUACACCCACCCCAUUCCUCAUUUCUGUGAUGUGUGAUAUAUGCAAACUUAUUUUUAUGUCAAAACAAAUAACAAUCCUUCUUUCUUUUUUCAUCAUGACAAGUCUUAGCUCCCUUUUAACUAUGUAAUGUAACUGGUUAACCCGCUAUGAUCAAUAUUAAUUAAUCAACCAUGUAAACAUCAUAAUGUUUCUUGCCUUUAAAUCAAAACUUCAUUUCAAAACUUUUUUUUCAAAGAUGGGUUACACAUCACAAAUUUUCUAGUUUUAUCAAGACAUUUAUUAUAAAAAUACAUUUCUAAAAAUUCUCUUAUUUUGUGAUUAAUGUAAAAAAUUACUUCAUUCUAUUUUAUUAUUACAGCUCCCCAUGACUUGAAGAAACCAGUUCUAAGAACAACCAAAGAUGCACCAAGGUUUUCAUCCUCUCUAGCCCAGUCCAGCAAUGAUUACUUUGAUAUUUUGAAGCGCAAAUAUUGCGUCUGACAUAACUGUAAUAUCGUUUGCCUUUCCGAAAACUAAUCAAAAUAUUGUGUAAUACCUAAAGCAGUCCACACUGUUUACAUUUAUUGUACCUCAACUCAUUAAUAACUUGUGUGAGAAAUUAUGAAAAUCUUAAAUCUGAUCUUGUUAACAUUAAUCAUUCAUAUUGUGUUUUAACCAGAGCAAUAUUUUAUAGACAUGUUUGGAAGUUUUGCAAGUGUUCUUUUUUAAUUUUUUUUUCAUUCUGUGAAAAUUGAUUUGGUGAAGUCAUUAUAAUAUUUUCAAGACCAAAAAUUAAAAUUCUGCCUCCUUACAACAUUCAUGUUCACUUAAAUAUAGCGAGGUUCUUUAAACAGACCCUUGGGACUGCUUAAAAAAAUAUAAAAGGAAAUUUGUUUAAGAAAACUAAAUGUUUAAUCUAGAAAUUGUUGAAUAAUUACAAGACAAUUAAGACAUUAUUUUUGUUGGUGUUGUCUUUUUAAAAUCUAUUUUAAUAAAUUUUUGACUAUGCAAUAAAAGUAAUGAGACAAACAAUUUAUAUAAAUUAAAAAAUAUAUUUUUAGCUUUAAUUAUGAUUGCAAAAAGUACAAAUUCAAACUGAGGCCUAAAGCAUAUUUUUUGUAAUUUCGAAGUUUCGAGUUUGUCUCUAAUAGGGACAGACAUGACAAGAAAAAUCCCCUUUAGUAGCCUAUUCAAAGAGUUUAUUACUAAUUUUUAUUAUAGGAUCAGCUUUUAAGUAUAUUUUAAGACAAAAAUAUGUAUUUAUGAAGAUGAACAUGUGUAAAGCACAAACUUUGGCUGUGUAUAACGACACAGAGAAGCAACCAAUGCUGGGAGUGGGCGUGUUUGUCUAGAUUUGUGGAAAUAUUUUUAAUCAACUAUAAGUGGGAAUAUUUGUAGGGUAAACUAAAAUAAUUUUCUGUACUAAAACCUACCUAUUUUAUAAAAUGUAUCACAAUUAUAUUUUAUCAUACAUAAUCUGAUGCAAUUUUUUUUCAUACAUAUCAGAGGUCCCCAGCAUAUAGCCCAUGUGUGGCUAUUUUUUUUUAGUUUAAUGAGACCUCCUGGUGGAUUAUAAAUGAAUUAAAAUUUUAUAUACAUAUAAUUAUUGAUGUAUUUUAACUUUUAAUAACAUAAUCAAAAUUCUGCCAUUUACUUAAAUUCUUCAUGUAAUGCUUUCAGGCCAAGAGUUUGGGGACUAACUGGUGUAUUGCGGCAUCACUGAUAUUUUUAUCUGCUAAAACCGUCCAAAACUGUAUAUAUUUUACUAUCACUUCUUUCUUAUCCCUGUACUGCCUGCUCACAGCAAUGAGUUGUGCUAUUUAUAAUACAAGUUAUAUUCAUAACAAUGACGGUUCAAAAUAUUUAUAACAAUAUCCAUUUUAUACCACAAAUAAAUGUACUUACCACCGAUCUAUUUUUAGAUUACAACAGCCUGCCAUCAUGACAGUUAUUUGUCAUAACAUCUUAGCUGUUGUGGCUGGUAGCCUUUUUUCAUAUUUGAAUUAGUUCCGUCCGAUCACUUAAUGUAAGUUUUGUGAAUGAAAUUAUGACAUGUUUAAAUGGUUGUGUUUUUAAUUGAGACAUCCAUAAUUAGAUUCUCUUCCAGAUUAUGCAGAAGUCCAGCAGUUAUAUCUUGCCAAUACUUAUAUUAAAAUUUUACCUUAUAUGAUCAAAGUUUCUGUAAGCAGUGUUGGCCCCAUGAUAAUUAUACAACUGAACAUGUAUGUCUGUAUUUAUAAAUAUAUUCAAAUUGUUUGUAUGUAAUAUUUAAGUGUGCUUUUUUUAAAAAGGAUUUUAGAGCCGAGGAUAUGCAUAAAGAUGUUAUCUUAAGUACUAUCAUAUUGUAUCUUAAUCUCAUUUCUUAGAAGUUUAUCUAUGGUACUUUUAAAAUAUAUAUGGCACUUACGAAAAUUAACAUGAAACAAGGUACAAAUUAAAUUCCACAAAAUUUUAAUAAUAAAAAAAAAGCUGUAUCUGUAAAUAAUUGAUGUAACUGAUUUUUUCCACCCAUUAAAGCUAUGAGCCUCUUAGAGUCUAAGCAAUGCCCAAAUGGCUUUUCAGUAGUUGUGCCACAGUGUUUUAAUGUAUUUGAAAUACUUUGAUAAAUGUUUUUACAUAACUUAAUCUCAUAAUUUACUUCUAUAGUGUGGACACAGUAAGGUGAUCUCUUAUGGGGCUAGUAGAAAUACUUGUAGAAAGACAUUGACUUGUUUCUAUUAAUUUUACAAGUGCUCAUUUUUACUGCAGUUUGUUUAGAGGUGGAAACAUUAUACCACUCUUCACCUGUGGAAGAAAAUUAGAAUAAUCUCAAUGCUUCACCAACACUGAAAUAUCAUUACCAUUACAUUUGAUGUUUUAAAUGUUUUCUUUUUUAAUUCAUAGCUUAAAAGAGGAAUAUUAGUUAAAAGUAGGUUAGUUGUAUUCAACGGGUGAGAAAAUGAUCUUAAAACACACUGGUUGUCUUAAUAAAAUUACACCAUAAUAUUACUAUAUCAAAUACAAAUAGUUUCUACAGUUAUACAAUUUCUUUUAAAGUUAUCACUUGUUUAUUUCAUUUGAUGACCAAUCAAUGAUAGCAGCUGACCACCCAAGCACUUUAUGGUCCAUCUGCUGGUUCAGAUGUUAAUGGGUUUAAUUAAAUCCUUAUACGAAAUACAUUUUGAAGCUAGAUCAACCUUUCUGUCAUAUUUAAAAUUUAAUCAAAUAAGUGUUGGUGAAUAGAUAAUAAAUGACAUGUGAGUUUGUUGAUAAUAAUUUCAGGGCUGUUGGCAUGUACUUAGAAUGUGAAUGUCUAAUCAGAGCAGAGUAGAUUUUCAUGUACAGGAUACUAACAAGGGUGGGUUUUUUUUUCACUUAUUGUCUUAAUCACAACUAUACUUAACUUAUGUUAAUUGGCAUUUCUGUUCCAAUAUAAUGUUUAAUAAAAU